CCGGUGAUCCUCUUUCCCUUCCCUGACUGACGACACAUUUCAAGAAACAAUUCGCGUAUCCGACGUGAUUUGCUACUACUAUGGCGCCUGAACGAGCCGCUUCAGAAUCCAGUGAGGACGAGGCACCAGAGACGUUCUCAUUCGGGUCUUCCAAAAAGGCUGCAAGAGAGGAGCAGAAUGCUAUUCAGCAAUCCCAAGCGGCAGAAAAUUUCAAGCAAAAAGAAAGAAACCGCGAGCGUGACCGUGUGUUGAAGGAGAGGGCAGAACAUGCCAAAGCGGUCGCAGCGAGACAGAGGGCCCCGGCCAAGAAAAAGGGCAAGGCUCGAGCCGCGGUGGAAGAGAACGAUGACGAUGAGGACAGUCGUGGAAACGAUGCACCUGAUGAUCUUGAAGCACGUAUGGAGCGUGCUAUGAAGGAGGCUGCAGAGGAAGCCGACGAAGACGGAGACGGGGAAGAGAAUGAUCUGGACGAACUUGAAGGGGAUGGGGACAUGGAUGCGGACCUAUCAAGCGUGGAGAACAGUGAGGCAAAUGCAGAAGAAGGUGAAGGGGACGAUGAUGAUGCCCAGGGAUCAGAAGCAGACACAGAGGAGUCGGCAGGUUCGUCAGAAGAAGAGGAUGGUCCGGAAGAGGAGAAUGAUAUGGAUAACGCACGAACGUCGCACCUCGUUGCGUCCACAAGCGACUAUUUACCAGACCAUCUUUUCAACGCCGCCUUCUCCAAGACGGCUGACAAGUCGACGAAACGUAGAUUGGAUGAAGAAUCGGAUACCGACCGUCCAUCUAAGAGGAAGCGGAAACAAGCCAAACGGCAGGCUAAAGACAUUGUUAUCGGCUCCCGAACGAUACGCACGCUUGCAAAAAUAUCUGUCACUCCCACAGGCGCUCCUCGCGUCGUCCUACCGCGAGCUAAGAGCAACAGAUUCUUCAAGCGAAGUCUAAAUAUGAGCGGCAACGCUGCAAGCAGCAAAAAGAAGGGCUGGGAACGGAGAGGUGCCAAUGUUGGUGUUAUGAAACGUGACGGCCCAGCUGCAAGCUUUGUCAGAAGUCCAUAAUAUUCCUGCGUCUCUUGCUGGCUUGACUUUAUCGAGACCACGCUGCAUGUAUUGAAUUUAUUCUGCAUACAAGCUUCGACUAACAUCAUGCGGCGUGACACCUCGGAAUCCCACGGUUGGGAGGUAAAAUUAAUACACCCAGUACGCAGAGUGAUACAAUGGUUUCAGGCUCAUGAGUGAAUGGUACAUCAAGAUCGGAAAAAUGAUACAAGAAACAAAUCGGAGAGACCAGCCUCCUUUCGGAAAAAGCGGAACACUUGAACGAGAACAAUGAUAGCAAGACGACGAGUCUGAAGGAGGUCGAGGUCCAACGUACUGGUGGAAUCACAGAACGAAAGGCCUCCAAGAGCGAGCAAGGAAAGAGAGCACUAGAGAGCACAGCACGACAGAUCGUACAACUGGUCGUCGGAUUCGGAGCCUC